GUGCGAUGAGUGUAUUUAAAGGGGGCUCCUCUUCAGGUUCUUGGCCAAAGAGGUUCUCUUGCUUCAGUCGUCGCACCUGCACCAUUCAUCAUCGGACGCCGCUACCAACAGGACAAUUCGAACGAUGCAUCUCCACGCUGCUCUCGCGAUCCUCGCGGCCUCCGGGGUUGCCCUGGCUGCGCCUGCUACGGAGGAGACUCAAGUUGACCCUGCGCUCCGUCUGAUCAAGACGUCCGAGGCUGACGCCGGUACCUGGGUCACGGAGGACCAAAAGAUUGAGGAGUAUGUCAACAAGCACAUUGGCUUCAUUGACAUCACCGACAUCGCCGACGAGGAGGUCUUGGCAGUCCUGUCCACCCCGCCGGAGGAGGUCCUUGAGGCCAGAGUGACAUACCCCACCACCCUGUCCCACGUCACCGAGGCGAACACCCUUAUCGCGUCUGUGUCGAACACCAACCCCCAGACUUGGCUCAAGACUUUGACCGACUUCUACAACCGCUACUACCGCUCCACCUACGGUACUCAGGCCGCCACCUGGUUGUUCAACCAGGUCAAGACUGUUGCGGCUGCCAACUCGGCCAUCACCGUCACCCAGUUCACUCACUCUUUCAGCCAGCCCUCCAUCAUCGUCAAGAUUCCCGGAACCAGCUCGGACCUGGUCAUUGUCGGUGCCCACUUUGACUCCACUGGAGGAUCGUCCACUGCCCGUGGACCCGGUGCCGACGACAACGGCUCUGGUGUCGUUGUGAUUCUCGAGGCCCUUCGUGUCCUUGCCAACGCUGGCUUCAAGCCCAAAAACACCCUCGAGUUUCACUUCUACGCCGGCGAGGAGGGUGGCCUUCUCGGCUCCCAGGCCGUCUUCGCCAACUACAAGUCUGCCGGAAAGACCGUUCUUGGCUUUGUCAACCAGGAUAUGGCUGGAUACUCUCCCUCUGGCAAGAUCUCUGUCUACAACGACUACGUCGACUCUGCUCUCACAACCUACGUGCGUCUCAUUGGAACUCAGUACACCGGCAGCACGCCUACCAGCGAUGUCUGUGGAUACGGGUGCUCCGACCACGCCAGCGCUCGCUCCAACGGCUUCCCUGCUGCUUACGUCUGUGAUGAGCCCAUCGACACCUCCACCCCUUACAUCCACAGCCCCAACGACAGCUACGACACUAUCCAGUGGUCUGCCGUCCUCCGCCACUCCAAGUUCACCGUCGGUUUCUUGGUUGAGGCUUCUUACUUGUAAUCUGUGUAUAUAUUUGAGCAAGCGAGGCGAUCUUCGUGUAUAUACAUCUCGACUUGUGUUUCAAUACAUUACAUUCAAGACUUCAUACAAGCCACGGGCUUUGAAAUUGGUGAAAGGCUAAAACUUGUGUCCGCUUUGUGAGCUCUACUAUAGCGUCCGCGCAAAACUG